AUGAAAGAAGAAGAAAACUAAAUUAUUAAAUAAGUAAAAUAUAUAUCAUAAUCUUUUUUAGGAAGAACAAUAAUUAUCUAUUCAACACUAUCUGAUACCAUUAAACUACACUUCUAUACCUAAUGAAAUAGGACAAUAUUAAUUAUCAUUGUAAGUCUUAUCAGAAGAGAAUUAUCAUCUACGUAAAUUACUCAAUUAAUAACGUCAAAUGAUGUGUUUAACAAAAGAAUAAUUAUAUGAGGAAGUCUAUAAAAUGAUUGAUUUCCUCAUGAAAAAUUUCAACUAUAUAUCUAAAGAAUAGAUCUUUGCAUAUUAAAAAACUUUUCGUUUUUGGACCUAAAAAAAGGAACUUAAAUCUAUUUUCUUUUAGAUUUUCACUAGAUACUUAUAAGUAUACAAGUAGCAUCAUUUAUAUUUAGGCUAUAAAGACUAGGGAAGAAAUGAUAAAAUUUAUUAUUCGUAAAAGUAUAAAGUACCAAAAAUAAAGUCAGAAUAAGGAAUAAAUAAAGGAGAAAAAAGAAAUCAAGAAAAUGAAUAAUGCAUUCGUCAAGCAAUUAUUCUAAAAUACUUUAUAUUAAUAAAAUUACUAAAAUUUUCUAAGUAUUAAUAUUACAUCCGAUUUAAUUAGAUUAAUAUCUCUAAUUGGCAUUGAAUGAGAAUUAAUAGAAGAUUAAAAAAUACGUAAUUUAUAUUAUAGAAAUGAUAUUAUCCAAUCAACUUAAUGUAAUAAUAAAUAUAUUAUUUUAGUAAAUCUUAAAUUACAAAAGAUUUCCUUGGCUUAAUGAUUGGAUUAAUUAAUCAGUUUAAAUAGCAUAAGAAUUAGAAAAUCUUUAAAAUUAAGAACCUAAAAAAAGAAAGAUUUGA